UUGAGCUAAAGCUCCCUAUCAGCAGGCCGUUCAAUUUUGUCGAUUUUUGAGCGCUUGUUGAACGAUAUAUUGCACGAAAUAUUCGUGCAAUUUGCUGGAACGGUUUGUUGUAGUUUUUUCUCUUGCAAAAAUAGUGUGAAAAUUAAGUGUUACCGUUCCAUAGAAAGAAAAUUUGUUGUUAUUCUACGUGAAGUAGAAGAAUUGUGCAGGUAUGUAUUGUUAGUUUAAACAAAUAAGUGGAAAAAACUUCAGAAAUUCUGAAGUAAAGCUAGUCCAACGGGGCUCCAACUCCUCAUGUUAAAAAUGGCUCAACAAUGGACCUCUGUCUGCCGGGUUUGUUGAACCAAAAAAAUGGCAUUCGGUUCAACGGUCUGUUUCAAAAUCGGCAAACGAAGGUCCCGUGUUGGCCUCCCGUUGAACGAUUGAUUGGACUUUCAUUGGACCAAUGAUCCAACGUAUUGGACCAAUGAAGGACCACCGUUGAACGUUUUUUUCUAAGUGGGAAGGGUUGCGUUUGGGAGUGGAACUGGCAAAAAACGAGUAUUCUCCUUUGGAUAGCUUCGGAUGCAUAGAGUCAAUACCCGUUUUGUAAUACGCGGUUACGGAGAAAAGAUUGACAACUAUGCGACGCGUCUGGCAGAACUAGAACUGGCUGCAGUAAGAUUAUGCUAUUUCCAAUAACCGAAGAACGUUCUUGGUUGACGUCAUGGUGCUCAGUACCGAGUGGUCGCAGGUGGAAAUUAUCGAUCUCAUCAACGACGGCAAUGGUCUGGGGUUCAUGUUGGUUGGGGGUCGCAGCACCGGGGUCGUCAUUAAGGCCCUAAUUCCCGGUUCGGUGGCCGAGCGCGAUGGACGACUGCAGAGCGGUGACCACGUGCUGCAGAUUGGCGAUGUCAAUCUGCGUGGAUUCAGCUCGGAACAGGUGGCAACCGUGCUGCGACAAACCGGACAUCAAGUACGAAUUAUAGUGGCUCGUCCGGUAGAACCGACUUCACCGGACUAUCAGGCUCUAGCGAGUCAUGCACCGAUCAUUCCCACCAAGAUGCUAACCGAUCCGGAAGAACUCGAUCGUACGCUGCUACAAACAGCUGGUUAUACGUCGGGUGCGUUUCUACAAUCACCGGUCGAGGAAUCGGAUGAGCUAUGUCCUACUCAUAUCGAAGUGGUCGCAGUGAACAACACAAUAAAUAUCGAUGCCAGUAGUCUAGCAUUAAUAUCUCCUUCCUCGAUAUCGAUUCCACAAGUGCUUGGGAAACCUUUGCUAGAUAUUGACCAGCAGCAGCAGAUGCCACCACCACCGUUGCCUCCACCGGAUCCCCAGGACUAUGUCGACUCACCGGAAACACCAGAAACGGAAACAUACGAGGUAGAGCUACGGAAGAAUGUGUACGGUUUAGGCAUUACCGUGGCUGGUUAUGUGUGUGAAGAGGAAGAUCUUUCGGGGAUUUUCGUGAAGAGUAUUAUCGAGGGUAGUGCAGCGGAAAUGAGUGGUAAAAUUCAAAUCAACGAUCGUAUAGUUGCAGUUGAUGGGAAGUCCUUAAGUGGUGUAACUAACCACCAAGCGGUGGAGCUUUUGAGGAAUACCGAUAUUGCGGUGAAACUAUCUCUGGAACGGUUUCUGCGCGGUAGGAAGUAUGAACACUUACAGGUGGCAUUGAUUGAUACAAGUUCCGCGAGUGCAAACGCUGCGAGCAAUCCGCAAUUGACGCAGUACCAGCAUAGGUGUUCGAUGGUUCAGUCGCCCUCGGUAACGACAUUGUCGAUUUGUUUGGCGAAAUCCGAUGCCGACUCCAUGGUAACCGAAUGUGGCGAUUGUGGUAUCGAACCAGAGAUGGAGUCAGCUACUACGUAUGAUUCCAACGUGUUUCUGUUGGAAAAUGGAGAUUGUAGUGAGAAUGGUUUGUACGAAAAUGGAGAGAUUAUUGCGGCCAUGGCUGCCUCCACUGCUGCAACACCGAUGAAGGAAAACAUGGAUCUAGUGUUAGAUGGUCAAGGUGACACAGUGCGAAGUGCUUCACAGCUGGUAACUCCAAUCGUGGAAUUGGACCCGAUCAUUGAAAUGUGGCAGAAACAGAUUCCGUGCAGUCAGGUAAUAUUUGCUGAUAUACAGAAACUAUCUGGAUUAGGUAUCAGCUUGGAAGGAACGGUGGAAGUGGAGGGUGGUGUUGAAGUGCGUCCUCAUCAUUAUAUCCGAUCAAUUCUGGAAGACGGUCCCGUAGGACGUGAUGGAACAUUGAAGCCAGGGGACGAGUUACUGCAGGUGAACGAACAUCGUCUGCAGGGCCUAAAACAUAUCGAUGUGGUAAAAAUUCUCAAAGAACUCCCCGCAAAAGUGAGAGUGAUUUGUGCUCGUGGUUCUUCCGCACCAACUGUGAUCAACACCUCCCAGAAUGCGGAGGCUUUCGAAGCUCGUAGUCUCCUAGCCGGGGGUCUUCAAAGUCUUCAAAGUUUGCAAGGCAUUCUGACAAAGGCUCAGUCAGAAAGUUCACUGUACACCUCUAGCACGGCCACACUGACCGAUCAGCAACGCUCCAAGUCCGUGGAACAAGUGUCCGGUUUGGCCUUGUGGACCAAUGAGGUAAUCUACUGUGACAUUGAGAAAACGGAACGGGGAUUCGGGUUCUCCAUAUUGGACUACCAGGAUCCUUUGGAUACCGAAGGCACAGUAAUUGUGGUGCGUGGUUUAAUCCCUGGUGGAUCUGCCGAAGCCACAAACUUUAUAUUUCCCGGUGAUCGGCUGGUGUCGGUGAACGAGCACAGCUUGCAGGGGGCUACGCUGGAUCUUGCGAUUGGGUGAUUCGCUCUUUGGAUAUAAAACAGGAUCACCUUUACUAAUGCCAGUGAAUUAAAUGCUCGGACUUGGACCAUUCUUACUACAUAACCUUUCAAACAGUUGUUGAUGGAGGCGCACUGAUUAAUUGUAUGAAAUAUUGUGCAUGCAGAUAAAAAUCGGAAGCGACGUCUCUCUCGCCUGAUUAUGCUGCUCCAGCGAAGUUCACUGUGCACCAAUGGUAUGUAGACUGUCAUGCGAUAUAUUAAUCAUUCAUAAUUGUACAAAAAUUCACUCCCUUGUAACGUUCAGUGUCAAACCCAUUGGUUCUCAAACAUACAUUAUCAACUUUAAGCGCUUUAAUAUUCCAUCGUUAUGUGCUUCGAUAGUGGAGGCAAGACAAUGUAUUUAUUUAUGUUGAAGCACGUGGUUCAUAAACAAGACAACAAAAUAUGUAUAAAGUAACAUGAUUCUAUCAGUUGAUGUAUAGGAAACGGCAGUUCAACUGACGUCGCUCGGCAACGUCGCUGCGCUGGACUGUCCAGCGAAUUGCAGAUUAGUGCUGCAGCGACAAUAACCUCAAAUUGUCUUUCGCGGUGACUCCACAUUUCUAGUAAUUAUUAAAAAAAAUCCCACAGAAAAAGAAAGAUGCAAAUGCAAUAUGUUUCCAAAACACUUCAUUUUGCCAGUGUUUAUCUCAUGUUGCGAGAGAACCAGGUCAAUAUGAAGUAAAGGCGAAUCGACAUGGUAUGACCAGAAAUAGUACAACCAUGUUAACACCUACUGCAAAGGAUAGUUUCAAAACAUAAUUUGACCAAAGAAAAUGAGGUUACGCAAAAGAGUAAACGAACUCCGCAAAAACCUAGGUAUUGUGAUUAAAAUUUUAUCAGUCAAUUAUUUUGAAUAAAGAAUAACAGAAAGAAACGUCGCCGCAAACUUUUUCAAUUUAAUUUUUCGAUGAUCAUUUCUUCUUCGGUGGACUUUUUCAGGCAAAACCAAUCUUCAAAACGAUUCAAAUUCUUUGUCAAUACAUUCGUUUUAGAGUAUGCUCGAACUUGUCAUGUUCUUUACAUUGGUCAACAAAACUAUCGCAAACUUAACACAUCACUGACAGUGUUUCACAAGGCGACAAAGCAGCGACAUCUGGUAGUUCAACGGCCAAUUAUCUCAAUAUCCCGCUUGUGAGAAAUUCAGGCAGCCGGCAGAAGCCUGGCUGGAUUCCGACAGCAGUCAAUUUAUCACAAGCAAAGUUGUGAUUUUCUUAUUUUCUUUUCCUUGGAACAUGUGAUAUGGAAUCACUAUUAAAAUAAACUUUCAAACCGAGGCGCGUAGGUCCGAGUGUCAUGUACCACAAACUUAAAAUCGAUUCUCGAGCGCGGCAUUUGCAAUGCCGAAGUAGAUCGGCAACAUGACAUUUAGCUGAUUGUUCAGUAAUCCACAUGCUCUUUUCCGAAAUUCGUUAAAGUAAUAUGCUGAUAUCUCAGUAAAGCGCGUACAGUAAACAACAAAUAUAUCGAAAUCAGCACAUUAAUUUGCCGAGAUUUCGAACAGUGAAAUAGUUUUUACUGAAACUCGGUGCGACACUUGUCAUCUAAUGUCUCUUUUCGAUUUUGCAAAGCACCACGUCGCCAUUGCUCAUGGAGCUGAAAAACAUUGGAAGAAGGAAAACAGAUUUUUGUAUAUUUCGUGACAAGAUAAGUGAAAUAAGAAAACCAUCUACUUCGCAAAUACAAUUAUUAAUAUCUACUUAUUUCCAGGAAGGUGCGUUGAGGAGCACUAGAAAAAAAUGACUCUAGGCGUGAUGUUAUCUUUUUUGUAUGCUAGAUUCAAAUGGACAUAAUAAAACGCCAUCUUUCUCCAAGCUUUGCUUUUGUAGCUUUGCUUCGAUUACUGAUGACUCGGAAAUUCAUGGUUCAAUCCUGAUCGCUUUUGCCGAACUAACAGUAAAAUUUCUGCUGACAAGUUCGGCAAUAAUUGACAGUUAAUAAACUUAGGAUUGCCGAGAUUCACAGUAAUUGUACACUUUACCGAGACGUUUACCGAGCACUAGGCUGUGCAAAUCUCGGCAAUUAUUUCGCCGAGAUUCAGCAAUAAAUUCUAAGUGUGUUUCAAAAGCUUUUUAUAUGAUAAAAAAAACUUGUUUUAUUCCUCCUAGUGGUGUAAUGAGGCCUAUCUCAUAUUACUCAUAUUUUUAUAAAUAUCGCUGGAGGAUUAAAAAAAAACGAAAUUUGAAAUUUUAAUAAAAACUAGAUAGUUCCUUUGGGUUUUGCUGAUAGUUUGGCAAAAGCGUUCGGGAUCGAAUCAUGGAUUACCGAGUCAUCAGUAAUCGAGUGUAGAAAGGGUUUUGUUCUAUUAUUGCACGAACAACUUAUCACGAAACCAAAGUUUCGGUAAAGAGUGUAUUUUAUUAAUGCUCACUUCAAUUAAAAACAAUUCAAAUCACGGAAAGAAAUAUCACAGAUAAAAACAUUUGUUUCUAGUACUCGCCCUGGAAAUCAACAAAUAUUCAAAAAUAUAUAUAAAAAGAACCUUUUAAUUUCACUCAGCUUUUCACGUAAUACUGAGAUCUCUUUUAUUCGCCAAAUUCAUAUAUAUUUUCAGCUCCAUGAGAAAUGGCGACGUCCGGUGGUGUACAAAAUCGAUAGUUGAUAUUAGAUGACAAAUGUCGCGCCGAAUUUCAGUAAAAGCUAACACACUGUUCGCAAUCUCCGCAAACGGAUUUGCUGAUUUCGGUAUAUUGUUUGUUUACGGACAAGUUCAGCAACAUAUUAUGCCAAACUUCUCAAUAAAAUGCGGUUUACCGAGAUAUUAGAACAUUACAAUAACGAAUUUCGGCAAUGAGCAUGUGAAUUACUGAACAAUCAGUAAAAUUUUGUGUUGCCGAUCUAAUCUAAUUAUUUAUUGUCUAAAUUAUCGAGAUACAAACAAUUCAAGAAAUAAAGAGUAUUGUGAUUUUGAGAGAUAAAUAUGAUGAAUGUGUCCUGCUUGAAAGUGCAAAAGCAGUGCUAUUGAACUUCAUAAAGACUUCUAAUGGGAAAAAAUCUAAACAGAAAAGCCGCUGACGAACGAAUCUACGAAUCUGGUCUGGCAAGAACCCGGUUGAAACAUAAUAUGGGUAAGAAUAAGCAUCAGACCCCAGUAAUUUCUUACAUCGGGCGAAUCGCGCGCGAAACUCAAGAUCACACACUUUGAUUUUUAUCCGAAUCUCAGCAAGAUUUGGUAAUCUCGCCGAUAUUUGAACAGUCAGUCAAGUACUCGUCAAACAUUAAAACAACUGAGAUUCUCGGUAUUAUCUAGGUUUCGCCCUUCCUUACUAGCAAUUGAAGUAUUGCCCCGUUUGUUGUCAUGGAACACGGAGGGCGAAACUAACGUAAACAAAUGGAAUGACAGUUUCGCCCUUUAUAGUUCUUUGUAUUACAAAGAUUGAGAUUUUUGUAGAAUCCGAAUUUUUAGACAAAAUUGUAGGAUUUUGAAGCUUUUAUUGGUAGGUGAGAGAAACUCGAUUUGUUUACUUUUGUAAGAUUCGCCCAUCUUUGAAAAACAGCUGAAAUGUGAUUGAUUCGGUCAAAUGACCAAUUUCUGGUAAACACGGUAGUUUACAUAACGGAAAUUCAGUAUGACAUUUUAAAUUACCGAGAAGUCGGAAAUAGUAAGCCGAGUAUUUUGGAAGAAGCUAUCUUAGGCGAAAUUUCAGUAAAAUAUCGCUUCGCGGUUCAUUGUCGGCAUCCUUUUUCACCGAAAUAAAAUUAAGUUUUAAGUUUGCAUGGUCCACGUUUACAUUGUGUCUCUUUUGUGCAAAAGUGUGUAGGAGAUAACAAAAUAAGAAGCUCAACGGCAGUCCGAUGCUCUUGAACACGCUAUUGGGGUGACAUUGAACUGACAAUAUCGAUGCGUUAAUGCGGUUUAUGCAAUUCAUGCAUAAGAGUCCGAUGAGGGCCCGAUCGCAGCGCUACUAUCGGGUAAAUAUUGUACUCAAUCGAUCAAAAAUCGAUAUCACUCGCAUUGGCUUGGCUGUCAGACGACUGGCUUACGGCUGCCAGAUAAACACCUCAAACGUUUAUCAUUUCCAGAAGGAUUUCGUCACAUCGGUUCUGAGCGAAACAUGGCUACCAGCCGUCUGCGUCACUGCUGACAGCCAAAAUGACCAGAACCACGUGUGAAAAUGUGCGUUCUUUUUCUUAUUUUUCAUAGAUAGUUUUGUUUUUGUACAAGGAAAUAAUUUCGGAUAUCAAAUAAAAAAGCUCCACUAUUCAGCUAAACACUUUUUAUUGUUAUUAUUUUAUUGUGUCAUUCAUUUGGUAUGCAUCAACAAUAGAAAUAUACUUCUCGAAACCGUCAAUUGUGUUCCAUAACAGAUAAUUUAUACACACUUUAAGUUCAGUCACUGUAUUCUACGUUUCAAUGAUGCUGUGCUAUUUGUUUUGGUAUUGGAAAUACCUCAAUUAGAUAUGACUCUGCUCAUGCGGAUCACAAUUUUAAGUAUUCUGUUUAGGCAUUUUAGCACUUAAUUCAACCUCACGAAUAUCACUUUAAGCUCUUUCGUUAGUCGGUGACUAGGGCUUUGCUUUAACUAUUUUGUUCUGAUCGGGAUAACAGUGAAUGAAAAAUGAAAUAUUGCAUUGAUUUUGUGAUUGUACUGUCUGCCAAAAUAAAAUAUUUCAGACAAAUGCUGCGUAAAUUGGCAAUCAAAAUUUCAAAUGUGGUUUUCAUAUGCUCUUUUCAUCCCGUGUUUCACACAAACCACCUACCAGUUCUACAGCUAACGACGCCACAGUCUCGACGUGUUGAAAUAUGGUGCUGGAAACACUCACACGUGACUAAUCCGUCGGAGUCUUGUAUAGUGUAUUUUCGUAGAAAGCCAGUAAUUAAUAACACAAAUCACGUAGAACAAUAUUCUUGAGGCAGGUAAAUUGGUAUAUCUCGAAUGUUGCUUCUCUGUCGAGAUAAUUGUCUAAGCAACGACUGAUGUAUCUUUGGAAGAGGCCUUAACAAGAUGCUAGAACAUUGGUUCAGUACAUCAUCUCGGGAUUGAUUCUAAUCCACCCUAAUCUAGACGUAACCACAGCAUCGCAAACACAAAACGUGACGGAAAGUAUUAAUAACUUCAUUACCGUUCAUUAUUAUAUUUCAUGCCACCUUCCCUCUUCCCUAAACGGUUCCGUAUAGAACUGCUGGCAAACCAAGAAGCCUCCUAAAACAUUUUGUUAUGCUAUAUUACUUGUUGGUACGCAUUAGGCCUAAGUGAUUAAAUAGUGAAAGAUGGGGAAAUAUCCGGUAGCAUCACCUGGAUAAAUCGUAGCGUGGAUUGCCAAACAUGGAUGCGAAAAAAUCGACGCUCUACAUCACGUUAAUGACUUUUGCCUUCCAUUCGGGUAGCAUCCGUUGCUAUUUCUAAGAGUACAGGAGCCCGGUAUCUGUCAGAACAGUGCGGGCUGAAGUACUGUUCUCUUGUCGAUUACGGUCCAGCUGUUUCCGGUUCAUUUGAUUUUAAUUAUGUUUCAAAAUGUUUGUUAAAGGGGAUAAAUUCAAAUACCUGUAUCAAAACAAAUAGAAUAACUAGUUCCAUACUAGUUGAGAAAUUUAUUUAACUGUUGCCAUUUGUUAAUAUUUUUAACGGGAAAUGAAACGGAACUCUGUAUUUUCCAACGAAUGGCAAAUAUUACAAUUGUUAUUCAUUUUGCUUAAACGUGUUAACAUAAUCCAAUCACUGAGCCCUCUUUCAAUACAAAAAGAUAGACAAGAAAAACAUCGAAAACCAAAAUAAAACGCUAUAUAAAAGAUAUUCGGCUAGCAAAACAUUAUGAAUUUCUAUCGGAGUUCUGCCAGAAUGUUAGUGGCAAAUUGUGACAGGCACGUUCAAAUAUUCCCUUCCAUCCAGUCAGAGCUAUGUUUCUACCGAUCAUAGUGACAUUCGAGCAAAGAACUUUGAUCGCAUUGUCUUGAUACUGUUAUAAGUGACACACCUUUUAGAUAAAUUUGGCCUACUCAGAGCUAUGAUAACUUGUCGUCAAACAGUCGUAAUUCUUUACAUAGCCUUUUUUUCGAAAGCUGAAAAUCGGAUUAUGAAUUGGUCACCCUCAGAAACCGUUGUUUCCACGGCUCUGACACCACCACACCGGAAAGAGAUAAAGCACUGUGAUGGAGGUAAGAAAUUUAAACUUCAUCUAAUUUUAAUUCAGUUGAAAUUGUGUAGAGGCACUUUCUCGCUGGAGGAUUUCGCUUUGUUCGCUUUUCAGGGUGGGAGAAAUUUCAUUUGUAUAACUGAAACGGGUAGUUUUUGUACAAGAAAAAGCAUCUGAAUAAUACGUUAGCAUACAGCGGUAGAUACAAAACGCAAUGAAUAAAUAAAACGAAUCAGUCACCGGGGAGAUUCGAUGUUCAGUUUUCGUGUUAUUGUUAGCAAUUUCUUUUUAUACUACUCUGAACACUUCACACGGGUAGAAAAAUAGGAAUCAUUUCAAAUAGUUCGAUUCUAGCUCGAAUGCAAAAGAAAAGAAUAACAAAGAUUUCAUUGUUCAACUCUAUUGGCGUUUUUAAUUGUAGAUGAAUUUUCGUUCGCUUCUAUGAAUCAAAUCGGGUUAAUCAAACUUUCUUACUGGGUAAUUCAACACAUUUUCACGUUUCGCCUUCGGCUCAUCAGUGCAUUAGCUGUUUAUGCUGAGCUGCUUCGAUGCAAAGAGUGUUUUGUACAAAGCAUUAACUUUACGUUUACUUAGCGGUUUACGUUGAAACGUUAGGUGGUGUUAGCAGUUCAACAUAAACUGCUAAUGCACUGAUGAGCCGUUGGGGAAAUGUAAAAAUAAAUUCAAUGAACCGUUUAACUUGAAACUCGAACCGAACUUCCCACUGAGCACGAUUCGGUUUUACAUAACUGUAUCGGCCAGAUCGAAGCGCUACGAUCGGGUCGUCAUCGGACAAUUUUGAACUAUUUACAUCAACGACGUCAACUUGAAAACGUUUAGAGUGUCGGGCAAUUAUCGUAUCUCGUGUUUUGCUAUCUCCUCAAUAUUUUAACCUAACUCUUAUGAGGCACAAUACAACCGUCUAACUUAGUCGAAAGCAGUCGUAAAGAGCGAUGCCAGAUAGUAGUAGUGUCAUUUCUGUAGAUUGGCAUUUUGCUCGGAAGCUCUCUCAUCUUUUUUUUUUGCUCGUCAGACAAAACUAGUUUCCGUAGUUCUCCGUUGAUAAAUUUAAAUUUCCGUAGAAAAAAAUCCAAUUUCCGUAGAUUUUGUCUACGGAUCCGUAGAAAAUUUUCGAAUCGACCCAUUUCCGACAAAUCUGGGAAAACUCAUAUAACGGGUAAACAACCUGUUCUCAAUAAUGGGUAAAGCGAAUAUGUGUCAAAAGUUGAGUGAUUUACUACCAGUUUCAAAUACGAGAACAAACCGAAAUUAGGUAAAAAAUUACCCACUUUUUAAAUAAAUCAGAAAUCAAACAUGAUAUUUUUUCGGGUUACUUGGAAAAAAUCAAAAUGUGUAAGAAUUAGUGCUUCAAUUUAUUGAAAUAUUUACGUAUGUCAUACCAUUAAUUUUAUUAGUUUUUCACUAGGCUCUGUGCUAUACGUCGUAAUUAGGGCACAGAAGCGCCAAAUGUAAUAACAUUGUUGAGGCGAACUCUUCUUUAAGAAAAUAAGUUGAAACUACUGAAGCAAAAAUCGAACUUGAUAAAUCGGAACGCAAAUUAGAAGAACCAAAUUGUUGGAACUUACUGAAACUAGACGAAUAGGCAUGCACAAAUUAUGUUGAUUUUCAAAAUACAAUUCUCUCACUUCCAAAAUGCAUUCCCAAAUUUUCAACCACUUAUGGGUAUAAUUUGACCCAUUUAUUUCGGAUUUCGGAUUUAUUGAUGCGGGUCGCAUUUCACUAAAAAAAUAUCUCACUUUUGACAGCUCGUAUUGAAGUCGAAAAAGAGUAUUUGUGGUACUCAGAAUUUUGGGUAUUUUAUUUUAGCUGUGUAACAAAUUGCCAACAAUUCGACCGUCCCACGACAAAAGGGCCUAACUUCAAAUGACAGUUUCUCGUUGUUUACUUUUUCUUUCACGAUUUACUGAUCUGAUUUUAUAUUUGACACUUUACUCUUCGCAAAACGUUCAAGGUAAAACUACAAGCUUUCGAUUUACAUUGGAAAUUUUAGAGAAUUUGCAAUAAUGGCUCCGUAAUAAUAAUAAGAGAAAGUAAACAAAGAUAUGCUCUCAUCUGCAGUUGGGCCCUUUUGUCGUGGGACUAUCGAAUUGAGUUUUACCGAAUGGGCAAAAUAUUUUCAAUCGUAAUUUAGAGUCCGAAUUCCAACAUAGCCCACAUUGUCACAAAGAUGGACCGAGUAAUGAAUUCUUAGUCGACUGCUCGUUUCUGCUUCGUUCAAUCAACCCGAUUAGGGAUGUCGUAAUAUCGAUCGAUUAAUCGAGUAAUCGAUUAAUAACCCAGAUAAUCGAAUAAAUUUCAAUCGAAUAGUUUCAAAAUUAUACUCGAUUAUUGAAUAAUCGAGUAACUCGAAAUUUUCGACAUCCCUAAGUUACCCGAUUGAUACUAACAUUAUGUCCAGAGUUGCCAGGUUAUUUUUUUCAAAAAUCUGUCAAAACUCAAAAAUUUAUCUGGAUUUGUCUGUGUCUACUAUAUACAAGGGAAUUUUUGCUAAGCUUUAUGUUUGGUGAGAAAAAAAGGUCUCCCCACCGAGGCCAAAACCGUAAAGAUCUAGCGAGAUCUGACAAAAUCUUGGAAAAUCUGGCAAAAGAUCUGAUUAGUUUGAGUGUCUGGCGAAGCGAGAAAAAUCUGGCAUUUGCCAGACAAAUCUGGCAACCUGGCAACGCUGAUUAUGUCAUUGAAUUUUCACUCACUUUAUGAAUGUAUUAGUGUAAAAGUUAGGCGACUUACCACUUUUUAAUACACUUCAGCUAGAGAAAUGGAUGAUGAUGUCUAAUGUAGGCCUUUUCGUUGGUUCCCACGAAAUUGAACAGUUUAUGCUGGAAUUCUAGGAAGAACUGAUUAUUUACUAGUUCUUUUUAUCCGAAUUCAAUUUUAUAUAUCCAGUUAUAUAAAAUUUUUAUUUCGAAAUCAACUAAAAAUCAACACCAAAUCAUGCCGAAAUCAAAGAAUAAACGAAUGAACAAUUCAGUUUGCUUUUUAUUACCCAAUUCGGACAGAUAUCCAAACCAAUCGGUUGGAAUUCAUUUGGAAUCUGUUCCCACAUUAUCAGAUCCGAAUGGAUUCCGAAUCGACGAGAAAUUUUCAUUCGGAAUUCCAUGUGGAAAUCAUGUGGAAUUCCGAAUCAAUUCCAACUCCAGUGCAACAACCGAUUCCGAAUGAAUUUCGCCUACAACCGGUUGAUUCGGAAAUCAUUCGGAAUUGAGUGAGAAGAUGCGGACUGAAUUGUCAAUUCGUCUUCUUCUUCUUCUUCUUCUUCUUUUUUUUUCCCGAUUUUGCACGUUUUCGUGCUGAUUUUCAGUUUAUUUUUUAAACCAAAACAUUAUAUAACUGAAUAUACAAAUUUAAAUCUUCAUGUUUUUCGGAUAUACAGAACUAGUGAAUAACCAGUUCUUCGUAGAAUCCUAACAUACACUGUUGAAAUUCGCUGUAAAAUAACAAAACGGCCUACCUUAGUCAGCAUCAUCCAUUCCUCUAGCUGGAGUGUAAUGAAAUGGCUUAGGGCGCCUAAAUUUUACACUAACACAUUCAUAAAAUGAGCGAAUAUUCAAUGACAUUUAUAAUGUCACUGUCAAUCGGGUUGAUCGAGCAGCCAUCUCAGACGAAAAUUCUAGCACUGAAUCGAUCGAGCACUAAAAAAUCAUGCAGUGGAGUAAGAAUUCAUUGCUCAUGCCGAUUAUGUGGGGGGUUGUUUCACUGCAACCCACAUUAUCAGAUCCGAAUGGAUUCCGAAUCAAUUCCGAAUCGGCGAGAAAUUUUCAUUCGGAAUUUCAUGUGGAAAUCAUAAUGGAUUCCGAAUCAAUUUCAACUCCAGUGCAACAACCGAUUCCGAAUGAACCGGUUCGCCUACAACCGGUUGAUUCGGAAAUCAUUCGGAAUUGAGUGAGAAGAUGCGGACUGAAUUGUCAAUUCGUUUUCUUCUUCUUCUUUCCUGAUUUUGCACGUUUUCGUUCUGAUUUUCAGUUUAAUUUUAAACGAAAACAUUAUAUAACUGUAAAUACAAAUUUAAAUCUUCAUGUUUUUCGGAUAUACAGAACUAGUAAAUAACCAGUUCUUCUUAGAAUCCCAACAUAAACCAUUGAAAUUCGCUGGAAAUUAACAAAACGGCUUACCUUAGUCAGCAUCAUCCAUUCCUCUAGCUGGAGUGUAGUGAAAUGGCUUAAGUCGCUUAAAUUUCACACUAACACAUUCAUAAAAUGAGCGAAUAUUCAAUGACAUUUAUAAUGUCAUUGUCAAUCAGGUUGAUCGAGCAGCCAACUCAGGCGAAAAUUCUAGCACUGAACCGAUCGAGCACUAAAAAAUCAUGCAGUCGAGUAAGAAUUCAUUGCUCAUUCCGUUAUUUCGAUAAUGUGGGAAGUUCCUCGCUUGUGAGAAAUUCGGACAGCUGGCAGAAGCCUGCCAAGGUUCCGGUAACUAUCAAAAUUUUGCAAGCGAAAAUACGUCAUUCUCGCGCCACGUGACGUCUAUCAAGUUCGCUUCUCCGUCUUUUUGCCUUGCUAAUAUAGGGAGGCUAUGCAAUCGCUGUGAAAACCGAGUUUUUCCGUUCAAAUGAAGCAGUCGAUUCGUCAAUCCGGCAUGUACAUCGAAAAAUGAAAACGAGUCUCGAGACCAGGUAAAUAAAAUGAACAUACUGGUAUAUUGAGCGAUGAAGCUUUGCAUAUCAUGUUUGAUAGUGCAAAAGCUAUGUUAUUGCCCUUCAUUUAAACUUCUAAUAGAAAAAAUAAAACCAAAGGCGCUAAAAAUGAAGAACCGAUUCAAAACGGUUCUACCACUCUUGUAUAGGCAAUAAUUCGGCAGAAACAGAUCUGUUAAUUACCGCUAGAUGAAAUUCUCUGCCGGAACGGUUCUGGCAUAGUUGCCAGACUCUUCCCGGAAUUCUGCCUACAUUCCGGCAAAACCUUCUGUCAGACACAUGCAAGCGGGUCGCAUUGAUUAGGAUUUCAUACUGAAUUCCUCAUGAUAUUCUGAUUGAAAAUUUUUCGCCCAAUAGGAUUUGGUUCGGAAUUGAGGUUUUCUAUGCCCAGUGGAAAACGAAUGGCAGCCCUACUGAAAAAUGGGUGGCCAACACGUUUCCUGAUGAAAACAAAACAAUAUGUAAAAGCGAUUCACACGCAGCAUCAAGCGACUAUCACCUGCAUGGAAUGAUUACGGAACAACAACAUUAAUUGUAUGCAAUUCAUAUGAAAGGACACUACGUCAAGUUCACGGAACAUUUUAACGUCGGAUACGUGAGCAAUAUUCGGCUAAAAUAAUUAAUAAAUUAAUCUGAACGUCGACCGAAGUUGAUUGAUCGUCUGAGUCGCGUUUAAUGCAUGCGUUUCCUGAUGAAAACAAACCAACCUCAUUUGCAUUUGUGGUUGUAAGUGAGCUGUCAGAGAGCCUAAUACAUUCUGAACCGAUAAUGGUUGGUUUUGAAGGUUUUGAGGGUUUUGAGAUGGGCGUUCGCUCCUGAACUGGUCCAAUGAAUCGUUUCAAAAAAGUGCGCUGACAGCUUUUUUCAAAAGAACCGCAGCUCACCGUUCUUCCAAACGUGCAUCCAGGGAUGCCAGGUCAUUUUUUCAAAAAUCUGAUCAAACCCAAAACCUGUCUGUGAAAAUCUGUGACCGUGUUCCGUACCCCAAUAGCAGUUCAAAAUCAAUUUGGUGAAACUCAUUACAAUUUAGUGAGCAAAAAAAAAAGGUCUCACUACCAACAACACGCUCUGUGCCUUUUUCCUCAACCGCUCUGUACUUUUUGGUGCUAAACUGUGCUCGAUUUCCAAAAUCUGUGAUUUAUUCAAGAAUCUGUGAAAAUCUGUGAUCAUUUUCAGAAAUCUGUGCAAAUCUGUGUCAUUUUUAAAAUCUGUGCAGAAAAUUCAAAAUCUGGGAGACACAGAUUAAUCUGUGAACCUGACAUCCUAGCGUGCAUCUAAGUAAGAAUUCUCACCUCUAACGCAGUAGGCUAAGGCACAUCCAGGGGUGCCACUUUUACAUAUAAUUCAAUUCGGAAUUAUUAAAAAUCUGAUUAUUAUUCUAAUUAUUUAGUAAACAGUUCGUUGAAUUAAAACAGAUUUAAUUACCAAAUCCAUACAGUACGAUGCAGAUGAAGAACACCGAUUAUAACUUAUCAACAUAUUAUCUCAUAUCUUCCCCUCUUCAGAGGAACGACUAACAUGCGGCAAUGGCAUGAGUGUUGAAAUUCGAUUCCCUGCGGUGUCUGUAAUUUGACUUACGCAAUUUGCAUAUUGGAUAUUUAAUGGCACACUAAGGAACGAAAAUUGUUAUGAUUACUAAUGGUUAAGAUUUAUGGUAAUAGCAUUUUAUGUUAGCGAACCCAAACCGAGUGUAAUUUGCAUUUUGUUUUUUUUUUCAAAUCCCUACAUACUCUGUUAUAUCAAGAUAUAGAUGACAUACACAGUGCACUCGUAGAGUACAGUCUGGAGAUAUUUAUUUGACUCGAUGAUUAAUGCUGAUGUCCAUCGGAUGCUGAGAUUCCCACUAUUUUCUAUGUGCGGGAUUCAAAUUUAUGGAAGGUUUCAAAUACAUCUUUUCUUAUCUAAUGAUUACCUUUAAUACUUACCUGAUUCGACGAUUAAAUUCAAAUUCGUUGAUAUUUGAUUGUUGUUCCCUAUAAUAAUGUUUCUAUGAAUUUAAAAUUAUAACGUUCAUAAGAUAACAUCAAAAAUAAGUUGAAGCGAAACGAUUGCGUGUUUUCCAAAAGUUGAGCUACUCCUAAGGCAAGUAGCCAAACACAAGAAAAAUAAUUUCUUUUGGCGAAUACAGGGUGGCAAAGAAUGACCCAAUUUUGAUCGGAAUGAUAGAAUUUGCACAAAAACAACAUGUUAUCAUGUUAAUCCGAAAUUGCUGUUGAACAGCAAACAAAAUAAAAACAUACACGUAUAGAUAUAAAUAGUACGAGGGAGUGAGAUUUUACCAUGUAACGCUCAUAAAACAAGACGUCAACGUUCGAACCCUGUGACUUCACUUGUUGGCUCCGACGAAUACCGAAGAGGGUAGAAUAAUCGAUAAAGUCAUAAAAAUUCGAGCCUUCAUUGAAGACACGCACUCGCAUCAUCGUUAUUACUACGUGCUGUGGUUUAGGUACUUUGUACAUCUUGAAGGCAAGCAGGUCAUGUCGGAGACGGUACACGUAAAAUUUUCAAAAGGAAAGCCAAUACUCGUAGAGUGAUAAUUUAUGGGAAGGAAAAUUAAAAUUGUUCCUAUGCGAGUAGGGGCCGACAGUGAAAAAGAAGUAAAAUGUUUCAUUUUUCUGUGGAAUAUUUGUAUGUAAAGAAAAUUCGAUCACUUUAUAAACUGUAAUUAAAUUUGCAUGGGCACUUUGAUAUUAUGAGAUUCGUUAGAUUCCACUCAACUCUUGAAUUCAGUGCAUGUAACUUUAAUUGAAAAUGGAGUGGUGAUCUAGAUUUCCUGAAAUGGCUUACAAAAUGUUUUAGUUUUCUCUAAUCUAUAAUCAAAAUGCCUACGUGAUUGCGACAAUAAUAAAACUGAAGAGUGAAACAUAGCAAUUCAUUCCAAUGUGGAAUCCAUCAUUAGUAAGAGGAACAUUUGUUUUUCUUAGUUAUUUGCAACAAUAUCACAGUUAAGUCGUCUUGAAUGUAAUUGCAAUACUUUCAAAAUCACAUGCAACAACCGAUUCUGAACCGUUUGUUGAGACUGCUUUAGAAUCAAUUUGUAAAUCAUACUGAGUUCGAAUCAAAUUCCUGAUGAUUUAACCGGGAGAGAACGACACAUAAAACACUAAAACGAUUUGAUAGUAGCGCUUUUUGCACUUUUCUUGCAAUGACUAACACAGAAGCGACGGACACUCUCCUUGUACGUAGCGGACAGAUACAACUUACCAACUACCAGCUUUUGACGAUUCCGGCAGUUGUCAAAAUAACCCUAACAGAAUUGUCUCAUUCUUUUGCAGGGCACGUCUUGCAAAUUCGCAUAGCUGUAGUUAGUAAUUCAAGCGGGUAGUUUUGCCUGUCCGGAAUUUUUUCCCCCGCAUUGUACCAGAUUUAUGGCAAGAGUCUGACAACAAUGCAACAAUCCUUUCAGACCAGAGAUGCCAGAUCUGCAGAUUUGUCUGUAAAUCUACAAAUUUUGUAUAUAGUGCUGCAGACAUGUUUUUUUGUGCAGAGUUUUGCAGACUUUCGUCAAAAUUUACAGACUUUUGAAAUUGUCGUUUUGCUCGCCAAGUCAGUUUGGCGUGUCAUACUUUAUAGAGAAAUUGCUGCCAGCAAGACAUACUUGCUGACUGCAGAUUUUUUUCGGAUGUACAGACUUUUACAACCCUCUCUGAAGAUAUUUGAAAUUUUUACCUGGCAUCUCUGUUUCAGACAGAGUAUUUUACCCAGUGGUUCCAAUCAGAUUUUUGCCGUACAAGAUUAGCAGAAUCGUUUUGAAUCGAUUCGUCUCUUCUUUUUCAUUUUAAUUUUAAAUGAAGAGCAAUUGCACUAACAAGCAAGUACACAUAACUGCACCUCUCAUAAUCAUAAUAACCUCAUUUUCAACUCUUAAUCCGAUUGUUUGUGUUUCAAAAAUUGAGACAAAAUUUUUCUAAGCAAUUAUGAAGGAAUGGUGAAUUUACCUUUGUCCAUUAAGAGAAUGACACAAUUCUGUUGGCGUUGUUAUGACAGCUGCCGGAAUCCGGCCAAGUUUCGGCCAGCUGACAGAAUUCCUCACAAGUUUCGAGCAGUUUUACAUCUCUGUAACACACACGGAUGCACUGUUUACGGGACAUAUUUGUACACAAAAUAAAAUUGUGUGCGAAUCGCAGUUAAGUUUGUUGGUGGUCAAAUCUUAACCUAUUUUUUUCCGAAUUCCUAAUAUUCAUCAGAUUACGGAUUAUAACGAAUAGUGAAACAUAUGAAAAAAACUUUAUGACAACCCACAUUAGCAGAUCCGAAUGAGUUCCGAAUCAGCGAGAAAUUUUCACUCGGAAUUCUAUGUUGAAAUAAUAAUGAGUUCCGAACAAACUCCAACUCUAGUGCAACAACCGAUUCCGAAUCUAUUUCACCUCCAACCGGUAGAUUCGGAAAUCUGUCGCAAUUCAGUGAGAAGAUGCGGACUGAACUGUCAAUUCGUUUUCUUCUUAUUCUUAACGGUUUUUCAAGUUUUCGUGGUGAUUUUCAGUUUAUUUUUGAAUUAAAACAUUACAUAACUGAAUAUAUAAAUUUAAAUCUUCUCGUUUUUUCGGAUAUACAGAACUGGUAAAUAACCAGUUUUCUUAGAUUUCCAGCAUAAACUAUUGAAAUUCGCUAGAAAUUAACAAAAAGACCUACCUUAGUCAGUUUUUUUUAUAUCAUUUAUUUUACCCCGGCUUUAACCAUGUUGGUCGUUCACCGGGUCCUUAGUCAGUAGUCGAGUAAGAAUCCAUUGCUCAUUCCGUCAUUUUGAUAAUGUAGGACUCAGGAACUGCUGGUGCUGUUUCCCACAUUAUCGAAAUGACGGAAUGAGCAAUGAAUUUUUACUCAACUGCUCGAUUUUUCAAUGCUCGAUCGGUUCAAAGCUAAAAUUCUCGGUUCUACAUUUCAAGCGUCUUGGUUUUAUUUUUUCAAUAAAAGAUACAUAUGAAAGGCAAUAAGUUAUUGCCCUUCAUAUAAACUAAUUAUGGAAAAUGUUAUUGCCAAUAACAUUGCUUUCUCACUACCAAACAUACCCAUAUUUCAAUCUCAUUUACCUCGUCUCAAGAUUUGUUUUUUUUUACGUACAUGCGGGAUUGAAGAAUAUCAAAUGAAGUCGAAAAAAAAGAAAGAGGUGGGAAAUGAACAAGACACGUACGGCGAGAUAAUGACUCAGUUUCGCCUGGACAGUUUUGACAGCAGCCGGAAUACAGCCAGCCUUCAUUUCCUAUUCUCAAUCAGAGAUGCCAGAUUUUUUCAUAAAAAAUGUGUAUUACUCUGUAUAAAAAAUCUGUAUUUCGAUAGUCCCACGACAAAAGGGCCUAACUGUAAAUCUUUGUUUACUUUCUCUUCUGAUUAUUACGGAGCCAUUAUUGCAAAUUCUCUAAAAUUUCCAAUAUAAAUCGAAAGCUUGUAGUUUUACCUUGAAUGUUUUGCGAAAAGUAAAGCGUCAAAUAUGAAAUCAGUUCGGUAAAUCGUGAAAGAAAAAGUAAACAGAGAAACUGUCAUUUGCAGUUAGGCCCAUUUGUCGUGGGACGGUCGAUUUAUCUGUAUUCACUGAUAAAAUUAAAUUUCAAUGAGCAAUAAUUCUUUCCAUCUGUCUGUUGGAACAGAAAGGUAAAAUUCCACAAAAGGAAAAUCUGUAUCAAAUCUGUAUUCUGUAUGCGUAUGUUAAAAUCUGUAUAAUACAGAUAAAUCUGUAUAAAUGGCAUCUCUGUUCUCAAUAGAUGAAACCAUGCUACAUUAUAAAUAUUUUGUUGUCUUGAUUUCGGUCCACGUGCUUUUACAGGAAUUAAUAAAUUUUAUAUCUGUAAUUAUCGUAACUUAUAACAAUAGAACAUCUCUUUCUGGAUACAUUUUAAGUUGAUAGUGAAUGUUUAGAAAUGAAUGUGUUUAAGACUGAUUGUUACAAGCUAGUAAAAUAUCGUAUAAUUUUGAGUGAUUAACAUAUCGUACGAAAGUUUACAUAGCACUGGGGCAGUGUGAACGUCACUGGAACAACCAAUCAAAGCAAGAAACGUUGCUUCCGAUUUUUUCUGCACGCACAAUAACAUAAGUAUUUGUUCGCCAUUAAGAGAUGGCUGCCAAUCUAAUAGCGGUUUUUUAUUUUUUUUAAGAAGAGGUUGUCGUGUUUUCAAUAUAAAUUCUAAAAAUGUUAGACGAUUGGCAGCCAUUUAUAAAAUUGUAUGAAAUAUUUAAAUCAGUUUCAGGCCUUAAACAUUUUUACCAUGAAUGGAAAAAAAAAUAUUUUGACAGAUCCUAACCUGGAAUCUAUCUGAUGUGCUAUUACCUUGACUAGAUAUUGAACUUGUUUUGACUGAAAUACUCAGAAGAAAUGUUUCUACUUCAACAAUACGCAAUUUUUUGUGCUAAUUGGGUCAAAUUUGACAAUCAUCUAAUUGAUACAGGCAUGUUGGCAGUUGCUGGCGAUCGAAGUUAUUAUUAAAUAAUGUUCAAAGAACAAAAUUUCGGUACUAACUUGACUUUGGCGUUAAUAUAUCGAAUGAAGGUUGAAGUAAUAUUUUAACCGUAGUAAUGCCUUGUUAAAAUCGACCAAUUAAUUGUUACUGUUUAAACGGCUGAUUUGACCAUCAAACAUUAAAUUUAUAAAGAUGUUAUAAGAUCUACUGUAAAAAAAAAACAAUUUCAUAUAAAAGAGGUACUAUGAAAUAUGAGUAAAACAGUUUCUAUAUUAAUUAGGUAUAUAUCGAACAUUAAACCAACAUGAUACUCAAAUCUUCGAGAACAGCAGAUAUUAUCCUAGCAAAUGAUUUUGUGUAGUAGUUAUCUAACUUAACUGUCGAAACAGAUAAUUCAAGCCAUCAUUCACUUUUCUCAUAUUCAAAUUUCAAUCGACGUCACUUUUUACCGAUGAUAGUCAUGUUGUUAGUUUCACUAUAGAAAAUCAAAAAUAUUAGUGCAGUAAUUACUACCGACUCAAUACUAAACUGUGACUCGAUAAAUUGAUAAUAAUCUUAAUGAAAAUGAAGAAAACUAACGUUUAAACCAACAAAGGUUCAUUCCGACGAGCCGUGUUAUAUAGGAAAAUAAAAACGUAACCUAUAAUCCUUAGUAACAAAAAAAAAGAUCAUGACUGUUGUACAGUAAAGGAAAUAGAUGGCUUCUGAAUAUGUUGCCCAAGUACAUAACUCAAUUGAGAAGAAAAAAAAUCAUUUAAAAAAUCAAAUUACAAAAGACAUAAGUUGUCACUAGUUCAUAGAUAUGACAUUAUCACGCGAACACACCGGCACAGAUUAGAUAGCGAAUUGUUUUAUGCUUUAUUGAUUGUAAAUUACACGAUUGCGAAUACUAUCCUCAGUUGUACAAAGCAUACACGGCACGAAAUGCGAACAAAUACUAAUUGUGAUAAGAACGUGAACUUUUCUGAUUUUUACUUCAAGUCUAAGCCAAGCCUAGUGAUUACAAUAAUCUGCGUGAGUUCAAGAUCAAGAUUCCUCUGAUUCUGUUGAUGUGUUAUUGCUUCCAGCGGUGAACCAUUCUAACUAAAAACAAAACAAAGUAACAUAUCAACUGCGAGGAUCCUUUUAGGCUUAGGACCCCCAAAGGGACACACUGUAAUGAAGCACCCAGUGAUGAAGCAAAAUAAACAACGCUUUGUAAUGCUUUGAUAACGUUCGAGAAAACAAAGAAAACUGUUAAGCACAAUAAUUUUCUAAAAUAGAGACACUUUCUUAAAAUGUCACACAAGUCACACAGUUGAAUACAAUUCUCGCUAGUUAGCAAUCAAUUUUAUAAAUGUACAGACGAGUGCAGCGCUCACAGCUAAUGCAGUUUCUCACAAGAGCACAAACACUUUGGAACUAUAUCUACACAUUCAAAACGAUCAUUGUCGCUGACACAAAAACACACUUGCAGGAUGAAUGCUGUACAUUCAAAAACCUACGAAGUAAUGAUAUAGCGGAAUCGAAAAAAAACGUGAAUAAAAAUCAAAUUUUGUUCGAUGCUAAAUAUUUAAA